UCCCACACAACACAAAUCGUAUCGCCGACAUCUCUUCACUUUAGAGAGAGUGUUGGUCUUAUAAGGAAAAGUCGGAUUGGUUUUUGAAUCUGGAGUUGAUUUAGAAAGAAAAUUGUUGAGAAAAAAAAUGGGAAGUGAUGUGAAGAAAGCAAGGGUUUCAUGGGCAUCGGAUAGUAUGCUUUGUCAGGUAAAGGUGUUUCAAACAGAAGAUUGUCCGGCGAAAGUUGGAGCAGAAACAUGUAAUAGCAAAUCAAAGACAUCGAAGUCGGAGGAUCUCCAGCGUGGAACUGUGUAUUCAACGAGGCCUCCUCCUAACAUUCCCCUCAUUCCAUGGAAACUCCCACCAAAAUAUAUUAUCAAUGACCAAUUGCUUGUUGCAAGUGGUGAAGAGAGCAUAGAAACCGGUUCCGAAAACUUGAGGACUGCAAAAGCCUUGGAAGCUUUCUAUCCACACCGCUCUCUCAUCCCAACUCGUCCUUCCAUCUCACCGGCGGCGGCUGUACAAGUUGAUGACACCAAUACUCCUACCAUUCGUCUCACUCCCAUUGAGGACGACGACAACCAACCUGACGCUCUUGCUCUUCAAUCUUCUCACUGCUCCAACGCUCCUUCACCUGUUCUUGACUUGAGCCUUGCUGCUCUGUCUGCAACCAAGGAAGAGAUCGAUGCUGAUUUACUUGUCAAGUUACUCACUGACCCCAUUAUCAUCAACAACCUCUUGAAUGUUUCUCCUGCUAAACCACUUGAAAAUGGGAAUAACACCACCACCAAACCACCUCCUCCUCCACAUGUCACCACUUCCUCAGCCAUGGAUACAAACUCACCUCCUAUAACCACCACCCAUCCUGGAAAUGGUGUCCCUGUUUUGACGGCAGCCCCUCCCCUGGUUUUGAACACUUAUCCAUUGCCAAGAGUAGAAGAAUCCUUGAAACCAAGCUGCUCAGUUGUAGUCUCAGAACCCCAAUGUCAAUCCCUCACCUCCUCCUGCACUUGGAAUGUGACUAGAGUACUUGAAUCAGCGGGAACUGGAACAGAUGCACCUAGCCGUAAUGGUGCUUAUCCCAUGAACAUAACUCGUGAUGACUAUUUCAAAAACCUUAUCAGAGAACACGGGGGUGUUGUUGCUCCGGCGACAAAUGGAACUAACAAUUACAAAAGACGAGUUGAUAAUAAUAAUAAUAAUGAGACGAAGAAGAAAGCACUAGUGAAGGUAAAGGCUCAGAAACCAUGCAUGUUUUUUGGAAGAGGCAGAGGGUGUAAGCUUGGGGAAAGUUGCUUAUUCCUUCACGACCCCUCCAAAAGGUUGUGGACUGAUGAUGCUGCUGCUGAUCCAGUCAGAGCAAAGAGACACAAGUUUAUAACUUGACCAACCGCUGCGAGGUUACGGAAUUUAACCAACCGACCAACCCUCCCAAGUAGUUGUCAAAUUUUUGGUAAAUAGCUUCAUCGAAUUUCAGAUAACUUGUUUAACAAGUUUGGUUCGCUCUGUUACCAUUCUCUUUGGUUCCACAUUUUAAAAACUUCGACCAAAUUCGAGCCUUCCUGUUGUACUUUUCUGUUCGGAUUCAAACUAAC